AUGAUGACUACGGCCAGAAUGGCCCAUAUCAAUCGAAAGCGGCCUCGAGUUCAGUCAACGUCCAACUCGGACGUAGCUGGGUUACCUUUGUCGCUUUCUGGUAAUACCUCUGCUCGUGAGGUGAUUGACCUUGACUCGGACUCUGAAAAUUAUAUCUUUAAGGACAGACUGCAGUCUGGAAAACGUCCUAAGAACUAUGCUAUUGAUGAUGAAUCUGCACUGAUUGUCGAUGGUGAUGGAAAUGGAAAUCGCAAUGAUGAUGAAGAUGACUUUGAUGAUGGAGGCGUUCUCGGAAAUGAAUAUAAUGUGCGUGCAGAUGCUCUAGACGACUUUGAAGAUGAUGCCUACGAUGAUCAGAUGUAUGACAUGGAGAAUCCUCAACUAUAUACCCAACAACAGUGGUUCAAGCCAAGGCUGCUUUCUGACGACGAUAUACCUUCAGAUAGUUGUGGCUCUACUACUAUGUCCCCCUACGGAAUUCAUCAAUUUGAUGGUCAAAUUGUUUCUCCAAGGUCAACAUCGUCCUCAUCUUCUACCACGUCUAGCAACGUCGAGCCUCAUCAUCAGAUGGUUGUUCGCCGUGUGCUUAAGCGUAAAAGAACAAGAUCUGUUCCCCAAUUACCUUACACAAAGCUGUGCUACGUACCUCUUACAGACAAACAUUCUGUUAUGGAGAAAAUCGGAGAAGUUGAAACUACUCUGAUUCCCCAUCGUCCACUAACGAACUACACUUACGGCGAUAGGGUGCGGCACGCUGAACAGCAACGCAAGUUUUCUUUUGAUUACGGUCGUCAAGAGCAAGCACUUUUAGACCACCCUCAGUUGCAGAAUAAUGAAGAUGAAGAAGAGGAAGAGAAAGGUGACGACGACGAUUAUGAUGACGAAUUGCAUAACUCUAGUUCUUCUUCGGCUACUUCUAUGGAAGACACUCCCUGUGAUGAUAAGGAUGGCCAUUAUAUUGUGAAUGCUGGUGCAUUUUUUGCCAAUGAUCGUUUCCAGAUUUCUCAACUAUUAGGUCAAGGAACGUUUGGUAAGGUGAUAAAAGCUUAUGAUAGACAGAAUAGAUCCACGGUGGCCAUCAAAAUUAUCAAAGCCAUUCCAAAGUAUCGUGAAGCAUCUAAAAUCGAACUUCGAGUUUUGGCUAUGCUGAAAAAACAUGACCCGGAAAAUGUGAAUCAAUGCAUUCAUUUGCGCGAGUGCUUUGAUUAUAGAGGACAUAUUUGCAUUGUUACAGAUAUGCUUAGUAUAUCUCUAUACGACUUUCUGGAAAAGAACCAGUUUCUACCGUUUCCAGGUUCUCAUAUUCAGGCUAUAGCAAGACAGCUGCUUCGCUCAGUGGCCUUUUUGCAUGAUCUGAACUUGAUACAUACCGACUUGAAGCCCGAAAAUAUUCUACUACAGGACGAUUCAUUUGUUCGCAAGUCUUAUAAGAAGCCUCGGUCCAGCAAAGUUCUUUAUCGGAAAAUUCUCCGCGAUCCAAAGAUAUUUACCAUCGAUUUUGGCUCUGCGAUAUUUGAUGACGAAUAUCACUCGUCUGUCGUUUCAACAAGGCACUAUAGAGCUCCGGAAAUCGUUUUGGGUUCUGGUUGGUCAUAUGCUUGUGAUAUCUGGUCUGUGGGAUGCAUUUUGGUGGAGUUACUUACAGGGGAUGCGUUAUUCAGAACUCACGAAAAUGUGCAACAUCUUGCUAUGAUGCAGAAGGUGAUAGGAAGUCCGAUCGAUUUGAAGCUCGUGCGUAAAUGCUUCAGUCACUUCUAUCACUCUGAUGGCCAUAGAAGAGAGAAUCGACGCUCGUCGGAAGAGUGCAUUGCAGAUGCAUUUUCAAAAUCUACUGGUGCUCUUUUGUUUCCAGCUGUUACCACUGCUAGAAAACUCAUCAGUGAAGUUGAUCAACUUCAAUAUUUGCCCGACCUUAUAGGCUCUCGUGUGGGUCUCAAAUUUAACUGGACACUUAACUUAAGAGAGUCCAUGAUACUCUUCAAAGUGCCCAAGUCUAAACGCACCGAAUAUAAGUUUUGGUACUUCUUCAUUGACUUGGUGAGACGUAUGCUGACUCUUGAUCCAGACCAAAGAAUCACCGCCAUGGAAGCGAUGAACCAUAAGUGGUUUAAAUGUGGUAUCAUUGAUGAUGGACUGGAAAUUUAA